UUUUCUACACUAGCACCAGGCGACAUGAUCCUCACGCAUGACUUCCAAUCUGUGCAUCUUGAUUUGCUGCCUCUAUCUUCUCUGUACCUUGAAGUUGCAACUCGUUUUCCCGUGUAACUCUUCAAGCCCCCGCCUCUCCCCUUGCAGAAUCUCAACCCGCAUUCACGUGCACAAAGUCGAGACUGCCUUACACCUCAAUCAAGACAUACCAUUCAUUGCCAUGUGAAAGCUCAAUCUCAUUUCGUGUAGCCCCCCUAUCUCUGCCAAGCCUAAUUGACCAGAGGGGGGGGAGGGGGGGUGUCAGGCCGAUCUUGUCACCCCUGUAGCUGUAGCGGCGCAG